CAUGUCGUUGCAAUAUAGCCCAACUAUUAAUUCGAUAUUGAAUGGCUUCUAAAGAACAGGGUUAUCUUAAGGAUAAGCUUAUUAAAAAGAAUAAUUAUUUUCUGCACUUGACAAACUUGUAAGGUUGACUAUUUAUAGCAUAGACUGGAUAAUUGUAUGAUCGUGAUGUUGCUUAACAAUUGUUUGAAUAAUGCUAACCAAAUUAAAGAGGUCAGGUUUAGUUAGAAGAUUUUGCAUAAGUUAUUAUAGAAGCAGAUAAAGUGCUAAAGAAAAAACUAAAUCAGACUGAAUAACAAAUCCAAUAAUAUAGAGAAGAAUUGAAAGAAUGUCAACAAUUAGCAUAAGAAUUAUAAUGUAUUAGAUAUUAAUAAAAAGAUAAUUAAAAAUUAAACCCAUAAGGAGUAGAUAGAGAUUCUCAAUUAAUAAUAGUAAUUAAAUAAGCUCAUAAUAUUCAAUAUUCUGAUUAUUAAUAUAGUUAUGUUAGUGUAGGAUUGGAUGGUGCUGAAGUAUAGACCCAAAUGUCUACAGGUGACAAAUAUAAUCCAACUUUUAACUAAUAAUUAAAUUUGUAUAUAUAAUUUAAUAAUAAGUCAAAUAUAAACUGGAUCUGAAGAGAUUUUAAUAAAAUUAUUUGUAUAAGAUAAAAACCAAAGAAGAAUAUUAAUUGGUUAAAGUCAUUUAGAUUUGGGUGAAAUGCAUGAUCAAUAAGUUCAUUCUUAGCAAUUAUAAUUGGUUAAUGACAGAUAACAAUAAUUACAAACAUAUUUAUAAAUUGAAUCAUAAUGGAUUCACAAUAAGGUAUAUAUAAAUUAUAACUAUUAGUUAAAAUAUCAUUAAGAAAUGAUUGUUAAAUAUGAACAAACUAUUUAAUAGAGUUAAAUUGACAUUGAUGAUUAUUAACGAGAUUUAUUAACUAUUCAAUAACCAUUUUUGGAAAGUAACAUUAGAAAUAAUUUAUAAUAAUCAUUAAAAUAACCACAAAACUAUUCUUUACCCCAAUAAAAUUAAGCAUUUAUAUACCAAUAGCAAUAAAAUAUUUCACCAUAAUAGAAACCAUUUUCAAUGUAACCUUAACAAUAAUAAAAUAUACAAAUUCAUCAAAUUGAUCCAAAUAUUGUUCAAGAUGAAUUGUCAGAUGAGUUAUAUUAUGGGUUUAUUUUAUACAUGCUGAUGUUGCUUUUAGCUUUAUUUUAAUGUUUUGCUCGUCCAGAUUAUUUGGAUGUAUAAAUAUCAAUAUAAUAAGUUAAUCCUAGCAAUGUUGUAUUUGAUAAUUGUAUGUAGAGAUUGCUUUGAGCCAACCUAUAUAAAAAUAGUAGGUGUUUUAACUAUUUUAAGUGUUAUUAAUGAUAUUGUAUGGAUAAGUAUAUACAAAGUAUAAAUUCAUUAAAUAUUAGAAUUGGUGGAGUGGUACUGAUAAAACUUUACCUACUUGGGGAGAGGCAGGUGAUCCUAUUGUUAGAAUGACACUAGUUUUUUGUGUUUUUAACAUAAUUUUGAAGGUUAUUAAUUACAUAAUAUAAUUAGACUGCUUUAUGUUAUAUUUUGUUCCAUUAUUACAAAGAAUCUCAAUAGAAAAAAAUUAUAGUAUUUAAGUUUUGGCAAUUUGAAUUUUAAGUGGGAGUGCUUAAAUAAAAUUUAUUUACCAUAUAAGGGCUUUUAGUGUGA